UUUUCUUAUAUGCAGCCUUGGCCAACCUAGGUGGUUAGCCAUGGCUCACCAUUAUUCUAAUAAGGUCUUAGGUUGUUUUCUUUUGUUUUCUUUAACCUUAACUUAUGGCCAUAGUCAUUUUCUCAUAGAUCCAAUAAUUAUUCCUGGAUAUGAAGUUUCACCAGGACAUGAUAUUGGUGAUGGUGAUGCGCCAGCUCAAUCACCUGAGCCGUUCGUCGGCGAUUCUCCAGCUCAAUCACCCGAGCCGUUUAUGGAUGAUUCUCCCGCUCCUUCGCCUGAAAAAGACAGUGAAAAUGUUGACAAAAGUUUUCCUAAUGAGAGGCUAAAACAUUCUUAUGUUGCAUUUCAAGCAUGGAAAAAGGCUAUUUAUUCUGACCCUUUUAACACAACUGGUAAUUGGGUUGGUCAUGAUGUUUGUUCCUACAAUGGUGUGUUUUGUUCUCCUGCUCUUGAUGAUCCUACACUGAAUGUUGUUGCUGGUGUUGAUAUUAAUCACGCCGAUAUCGCCGGUCACCUUCCGGAAGAGUUAGGACUAUUGAAUGAUACUUCUCUUUUCCAUAUUAACUCAAACAGGUUCUGUGGUAUAAUUCCGGAUAGCUUUGAGAAUCUAACCAUAAUGUACGAGUUUGAUAUCAGUAACAACCGCUUCGUCGGCGAUUUUCCUUUAGUGGUUUUGAAAUGGAAAAAUUUGACCUACUUGGAUAUUAGAUUCAAUGAUUUUGAAGGAGUUUUACCUCAUGAGCUAUUUGAGAAAGAACUUGAUGCAAUAUUUUUGAACAACAACCGUUUCACAUCACAUAUACCAGAAACACUUGGAAAAUCAACAGCCUCUGUUGUGACUUUUGCAAACAAUAAUUUUACUGGUUGUAUUCCAAAAUCAAUUGGAAACAUGGUGAACUUGAAUGAGAUUGUGUUCUUAGGAAAUGAUCUUGGUGGUUGUUUUCCUCAAGAGAUUGGUUUGUUAGGGGAAGUAACAGUUUUGGAUGCUAGCAAAAAUGGGUUUGUUGGGACACUACCAAACUUAGCAGGGUUGAAGAAUGUUGAGGUUAUUGACAUAGCACAUAACAAGUUUAGUGGUUAUGUUUCCAACACUAUUUGUCAACUACCUACUUUGAAGAACUUUACAUUUUCUUAUAAUUACUUUAAUGGAGAAGCACAAACUUGUGUUCCUUCAGAUAGUUGUUCUGUUGAGUUGGAUGAUGCCAAGAAUUGUUUACCUGGAAGGAAGAAUCAAAAGACAUCUAAACAAUGUUUACCUGUUUUGACUAAACCUGUGGAUUGUAGCAAGAACUGUGGUGGAGGAAAAGGAAAGAGUCAUGAUCCAUUAGAGCCUAAACCAACUCCAUCAAAAUCUCACCCUCCUAAGGUGGAGACACCAAAGGCUAAGCCACCACCAACUCCAAAGGCUCAAGCACCACAAAUUCCACCGACACUUCCACCGGUUAAGGAUAUUCCACCAACCGUUGCACCAGUGUCAUCACCACCACCAUCACCACCGGUUAAGUAUAUUCCACCUAUGUUACCACCAGUUGAAGAUAUUCCACCAACCGUUGCACCAGUGAUGUCACCACCCCCACCGGUUGAGCGCAUUCCACCUAUGCUACCACCAGUUGAAGAUAUUCCACCAACCGUUGCACCAGUGUUGUCACCACCACCAUCACCACCGGUUAAGCACAUUCCACCUAUGCUACCACCAGUUGAAGAUAUCCCACCAACCGUUGCACCGGUGUUUUCACCACCCCCACCGGUUGAGCGUAUUCCACCUAUGCUACCACCAGUUGAAGAUAUUCCACCAACCGUUGCACCAGUGUUUUCACCACCCCCACCGGUUGAGCGCAUUCCACCUAUGCUACCACCAGUUGAAGAUAUUCCACCAACCGUUGCACCAGUGUUUUCACCACCCCCACCGGUUGAGCGCAUUCCACCUAUGCUACCACCAGUUGAAGAUAUUCCACCAACCGUUGCACCAGUGUUUUCACCACCCCCACCGGUUGAGCGCAUUCCACCUAUGCUACCACCAGUUGAAGAUAUUCCACCAACCGUUGCACCAGUGUCAUCACCACCACCGGUUGAGAAAAUCCCACCCAUGCUACCACCGGUUGAAGAUAUUCCACCAACCGUUGCACCAGUGUCAUCACCACCACCAGCUGCUCAAGUCAACUCACCACCACCACCAGUUCACUCUCCUCCACCACCCUCACCAGCCCAUUCCCCACCUCCACCAGUCAAUUCUCCACCACCACCAGUGUACUCCCCUCCCCCACCCCCGCCAGUCCACUCUCCCCCUCCACCAGUCCAUUCACCACCACCUCCAGUUCAUUCUCCACCCCCACCAGUCCAUUCUCCACCACCACCAAUUCAUUCUCCUCCACCACCUCCGGUUUACUCUCCUCCACCACCAACUCACUCUCCACCCCCACCAAUCCAUUCACCACCACCUCCAGUUCAUUCUCCACCCCCACCAGUUCAUUCUCCACCACCUCCAGUUAACUCCCCACCCCCGCCAGUUCAUUCUCCUCCUCCACCGGUCUCCUCACCACCACCACCACCACCACAGGUGCAUUCUCCACCACCACCGGUCAACUCACCUCCACCACCAGUACACUCACCUCCUCCUACCCCCGUCAACUCACCUCCACCACCAGUAUACUCACCUCCUCCUACCCCCGUCAACUCACCUCCACCACCAGUACACUCGCCUCCUCCUCCCCAGGUCAACUCACCACCAUCACCAGUACACUCCCCUCCUCCACCGGUCAAUUCACCAUCACCACCAAAAUGGGAUGACAUCACACUACCACCAAACAUUGGAGCUGAAUAUAGGUCACCUCCUCCUCCAACAAUUGCUGGAUACUAAAUUAGAAGGCCAUAAUACAAUUUUCAUUAACAUCUUUGUCAUUAUUUUGAUUGUACACAGUUUCAAAAAUACUAACACAAAAAAGUUGAACUUCAAUUAUGUGUGAAUUCUAAUGCAACUCAUUUUAAUGACAUUUUAUAGUUCUUAUUA